AUGUUAAGACAGCUACCAAAGGUUACUAGAUCGUCGCUGGGAGGUAUACAGACCUCCACGAAGAUUAUAGGGCAGCGCUUCAGUUCUUCAUCGUCGAGAAAUCUUAACUCUACAUCGUAUCAAAAGACUGCAUUCGUCAUAGCUGUUACAGCCGCCGCAGGUAUCGCUCUGACCUACAGAUCGUUCCUACCGUAUGUUCGAGCGGACGACAGUGACGCAUUGUCAUCCAGAACAGACAAAUACCCAGGAAUAAAACAACCGUCAGGACAGAAAUUGAUAAGUUACGAAGAAGUCCAGAAACAUACGAAGAAGGACGAUUGUUGGGUUAUAGUCGACGGAAAUAUAUACGAUGUGACUGAUUUCUUGGAUCAACAUCCCGGAGGAGCCGAAAUCAUCUUGGCGAACGCGGGGAAAGAUGCUACGAAAAUAUUCAAACCACUUCAUCCUCCAGAUGCUUUAGAUACGCUCGAUCCGUCACAGCACAUAGGACCUGUAGAUCCCACUACGAUGCCAGAAAUCAAUGAUGAACCUACAGAGGAGGAAUUACGUGUAGAAGAAGCAAGAAAAUCAUUACCACCAGUAGAUGCGAUGUUGUUAGUGAACGAUUUUGAAGAUUGGGCUGAAAAGGUAUUGAGUGGAACUGCUUGGAAUUACUAUAAAUCAGCCGCUGAUAGGGAGAUAACUGCUGGGGAGAAUCAGGAUGCAUUUAAACGAUAUUAUUUCAGACCUCGGAUACUUCGCGAUGCAACGAACGGAUCAAUAAACACCGAGUUCGUAGGGAUGAAGACUGAUUUACCGGUCUUUAUAUCGCCUGCUGCCAUGGCGAAAUUGGGACAUCCAUUGGGAGAAGUUAAUUUGACUAAAGGUGCAGGAAGAUGUGGGAUUGUGCAAGGAAUCUCGAUAAACGCUUCUUGCUCACUUGAUGAAAUAAUGCAAGCAAGAGAAAAAGGCCAACAAGUGAUGUUUCAGAUAUACCUGAAUAAAGAUCGUAAAGCGUCGGAAGCUUUAUUACACAAAGUAACCGAACUAGGUGCAUCAGCUAUCAUCUUUACUGUAGACACGGCAUGGAGAUCAAAGAGAACAAGAGACGUAAGAGCAAAAGCAGCAAUAGCACCUCCACCUUCUUCAGAUGGACAAGAGAAAUCAAAAGCUCCCUUAGGUGUAAGUCAAGCUAUUAGUGGUUACCAAGAUACAAAUUUGACUUGGAAUGAUAUUGGUUUCAUACGGAAACAUACAAAUCUACCAAUCAUAGUCAAAGGUAUCCAAAGCAUGGAAGACGCCGAAUUGUGUGCAGAGCAUGGUGUCCAAGGCAUAAUCUUGUCAAAUCACGGUGGUAGACAAUGUGAUUUCGCUCCUGCACCAAUAGAUCUACUAUAUGAGAUGCGAAUAAAUAAACCUGAAUUAUUCCAAAAAUUAGAUGUGAUGAUGGAUGGUGGAGUUAGAUCGGGUGCAGAUGUAGUAAAGGCUCUAGCAUUAGGAGCUAAAGCGGUCGGAUUGGGAAGAAGUUUCUUAUAUGCAAAUGGAACUCAUGGUGAAGAAGGUGUAGUCAGAUUAUGUCAGAUUUUGGCUGAGGAGAUAACGAAUACUAUGCGUAAUAUCGGCGCGAAUGAUAUCAAAGAUCUCAAACCUGAAUUGGUGGGUCCUGCUGGUCCUUGGGUAUAUGGAAACGCUCCUCCUUGGGGUAGAAAGUAG